AUGAAGUCUGCUGUCAUCGCUGCCGCCGCCGUUGCCGCUGUUGCUUCGGCCCACGAGGCUCGCUCACCUCUCCAGCUCGGCCUCGACGUUGGUGGCCUCGUCAGCGUCGACAUCUGCCUGGGCCUCAACAUCAAGCUUCCUGCUAAAAUCUCCAUCGAGUCUGAUGACUGCCCCAAGUCCCUUCCUCCUCCUGGCUGCACCGACGUCUGGCACCCUCCUCACCACGUCCCCAUGGACGGCUGUGACGACAACGGCAACCACGAGUGGCACUAUGUUCACCCUUGCGACUGCAAGCCCGAGGCUCCUCACACUUGGGGCACCAGCACCGUCACCCAGACUCAGAUCCAGACCAUCAUCAGCUGUGCUCCCACCGUCACCAACUGCCCUGGCCGUGGCCAGGUCACCACCGUGAUCAUCCCAGCUACCACGACCAUCUGCCCCGUGCCCGUCACCACCAGCACUCUGGCCACUGUCCCUGCUACCUGGACUAAGCCUGCUACCGUCCCUGGUACCGUCCCUGCUACUACUCAGGCUCCUCCCACUUACACCAAGCCCGGUACUCAGGCUCCUCCUCCUCCCGCUACUACUCCUUGCACCACUACUCCCGUCGUGGUUGCUCCUCCCCCUCCUGCCACCACUCCUUGCACCACCACCCCCGUUGUGGUUGUUCCCCCUCCUAUGGGCACUGGCACUCAGGUCCAGCCUCCUUCUGGCAACUGGACUCAGCCUCCCGUCAUUGCUGGGGCUGCCCAGAACAGCCAGAAGGUUGGCGCCGUCGUCGCCAUGGGUCUCGUUGCUGCCCUGCUCAUCUAA